ACUGACGCUCUCAACGAGAACGUCGUGGAGAUCAUGGAGAACGGUCUCUCCAACAUCUUCGUGUUGAAGGAGCACGCGCCAACGGCGAUCCAGUUGUGGAUCAAACUCGUGCACAACCAAUACCAUCACGGCAGCGCCGUCACGCUGAUUCAAGUGCACGAGCAAUCGUCCUUGGCCGAGAAGUCUUGGAAACAACACGCGAAAGCGAACUCAAUCACCGUGGACAGUUGCCCGAAGCAGGGCCCUCACCGCUACGAUAAACUCUACGAGAACCACGUCAUCAGCAAUUUCUCUGAUUAUUUCAAGUUCCACGAUCACUUCAAGAAGUUUGUUGCUUCUUAUCAUAAGAUGGUAUGUUUGUCCGCCUGGUCGGGCUACAAGGAGAUGUGUGAGAGCUCGUGUGAAUUCCUGAGAAAGGACCUCAGCAACGAGGCGGCGGCAUCGCUGAACAAUGAUAUCUUGGUCGCCGUCAAUAAGAUCAAGGACGUGAUCGACGGGGGGCUGCUCAACAUCAUCGCGCUGGAGGCCUUGAAGUUCGCUAUUCCUCUCGAGGACGAGGGCUUUCCAUGGCCCCCCAAGUGGAUCCUGAGGGACGCAGAGAAGGACAGCGCGACCGUCAAGCAUAUGAUCGCCCCAAUGGGAUUUUCGGUGUUGUACAAGGACAGCAGCAAGAAGAGGCUCGCAGCGAUGGUCCUGAAAGAGAAGGCCGCCAAAAAGCAAAAGGGUAAAGGUGGCAUAUGCAUCCCUGCGGAAGACACCCAAACGACGGUCGAGGAGUCUGGCAAACUCCGCGAGAAGGUGUGGCUCGACGAUCUUGUGCAGGCCAUCGUGACCCCUGUAUCCGAGAUCAUGAAGGAUGCGAAGAUGCCCGAGAUCAGGGCUAACAUAGCCAUCGGUUUGGAGUUCUGCUUCGCGUCCGAGGUGACGGUGGACGGCCUGACCUACAGCAAGUGGAGCGAGCUGAGGAGGAAAAUCGUCAAGAGGUUUGUCACGGCGCACGACGUGGUGAGGGACAUGUCCGAGUACGUGAAUGACGAGAAGCUCGUGCUCAAGGUGUCGCGCUUCAUCUACACCAACAAGACGACCUGCGGCAUGGCCAUGCAACCGUACUACCUCUUUGUGUCGCAGAAUAUGGUGCAGAGCUUGAGCGGCCUGGUCGAGAAGGAUGCGCUGACUCUCAAUGCUACUUUGGAGUCGUUCUUGCGCGUGACGUGCAAGGUGUUCGAUGACAGGACGGUCGGCUUCAUCAAGAGGGCCUCGAAGCACAUCGAUUCCGACGACUGCGGCAACCUGUUCAGCGUCGCCGACGUCACGGGGGGCGCGUGCAACACCAAGGACGAGUUCAUGAUGCUUAGGACUCUGCGCGUUCGGUACUGCAUUGGAAUACUGUCUUCAAUGGGCCGAGGAGCUCUGACCGACAUGGCGACGGAUUCGAUGAAGAAGCUCGAAGCGGAGUUCAAUGAUAUUGUCGAGAUUGAUAUUUCAACACCAUCUACAUCCUGGGUGGAGUUGUGGUCCGAACUGAUACAGGCGGCCGCGUCGGGGGACCUGCGCACCCACAUCGAGUUACAGCAGCGCGUUGGUGCGCCAGCUCCUCCGCCUGCUCCAACUGCAGCGCCUGACCCUGACGGUGAAGCUGAAGCCGCUGAUGGCGAAGCUACGUCGGUACCUGAUUCACUUGAAGAUUUGUGGGCGCAGACGGCAACGACUUCGGCGGUGAUCAAGACGUUCAUUUUCGAGCUGCAGGCCUUCAUCUUUCGGAAGUGCAACGUGCCCGUGUUCGCCCCGCCGACGGUCGGCCAAGACGACGGCCCCAAGUCCAAGAUGAAGGCGAACGUGCUCGAGGCUGGCUGGUGCGAUAUUCUCUGGAACCCGACUCCCGAGAAGAAAGACCAUUUCUACGUCGCCAAGAACGUCUCGGCGGGAAUUCGGCUCAACUUUUUCGGCAAUGUGACGAGGAUCCAGGUGCCAGGUUCUUUGAAAGUGGCACGUGCGUUCGACAUGGACUUCUUCGUGUGCAGCGACGGCGUCGCCUGCGACCCGACCAUGGGA